UGCUACUUUGUAAUGCAGCACUUUGACCAUGAUAACAUGAGUGAAUUAACAACAUCAUAUUUCAUUUAUUCCUUCGUUCCCUGCUGAUUCACCUGGGUUAGUUUCUAGCCAGUUUCCUCCCCUGGCUUUCAUCUUUAACUGCAUUGACCGUAGCACCCGGGACACCAUGGAUGAUGGCUAUAAGGUCUUGCAUGAAACCUUCGUGAGCGGCCAUACGGGCACCACGGCCCACGAGAUUCUUUGGGUCAGCGCUUUGCUGCCCCUGACUUUGUGCUUGUAUGGUAUGGUCAAUGUUUGGCGAAGGCCCUCCCAUCGCGCUCAUUUCCCGACAUCUGUGUUGGAAUUGGUGCUCAUUGGCUGUCCGUUAUUGCUCAGUUUAACUUUGUUCGCGGAGGUGACCUAUUACUUUGGAUUAAUUUUAAUAGCCAUUUUGGUCAUGGGUGUGGUGACCUUGCGAUCUACUUUAAUAAGCCGCCCAUGGCGAUUGUUUCUAAAUGAACGAUUUUCCCACGAUCGAUUUCUCCCCUACCUAACCAACUACCGGGCCGGUAUGCUCCUAACCACGGCUGUGUGCAUAUUGGCCGUGGAUUUUCCGAUUUUUCCGCGGAAGUUUGCCAAAACCGAGUCUUUUGGCUUUGGUCUGAUGGACAUUGGUGUGGGGUCGUUCGUGUUUGUGGGUGGAAUGUUCAGUCCCGCAGCCCAAAAAGUCACGGGCUCUUACUUCUCAAGAAUGCAAGGCGUAAAGAAAUCGUUGAUUCAAAGCCUUCCCUUGAUCGCUCUCGGCCUGUUUCGUGUCGUUCUAGUCAAAGGAUCCGGAUAUCACGAGCACCUCACUGAAUACGGAGUUCAUUGGAAUUUCUUCCUCACACUUGCUGUCACCAAAGUUUUGUCCUCGAUCUUAUUUUUAAUUGUUCCUGUGGAUUGGAGUUGGAGGGCCGCUUUAACUUUGAGUCUGGCCCAUGAGAGCGCAUUAGUGGUCAGCUAUUACGAUUGGGUGUUGGAGAAUCCGCCCAGGUAUGAUCUCGUGAAUGCCAAUCGCGAGGGCAUUGUCUCAAGUCCAGGUUAUUUGGCCAUACAUCUGGCCGGUGUGGCUUGGGGACGACAAUUUGCACGUCUGGAAAACAAAGUGCAAGAUCACAUCGGUCAGCUCAAGACCAUAGUUGUUUGGUCAUUGAUCAUGUGGAGCUCGCUGUAUUAUUCAUGCCACGAGUUGUUCCGUCCAACCUCAAGACGGUUUGCAAACUGGACUUACUUCAAUUGGAUGGUGGCUUGCAACUUAACCCUAAUUGGUUUGUUCCUUUUGGCUGAUAUUGUAAUUCUAUAUUUCCAAGAUUCAAAACCAAAAAUCAACCGGCACAAAUUCAAAGAUUCCAAUAGAAAAGCUACCCCACCCCAAACAAAAGUAAACCAAAUCACGGAUGCUUUGAAAUGGAUUCGUGUACCUCUCAUGAAUGAGGCAAUUAAUUACAAUGCAUUGUUUUAUUUCUUGUUAGCCAAUUUGUUCACUGGAUCAAUUAAUUUUAUAUUUCAAACCAUCAGGACGCCCACCUGUCCGUCUUUAUUGAUUUUGAUUGCAUAUGUCACAAUACUACACUUUAUUUCAGUAUUUCUCCACUCCGCAACUGUGCAAAUAAAGAUGUAAACAAUCAAUCAAUCAAUAAAUCGAAAAGUCGAAACAGUAA